AACUUAUUAAAUAGUUUUCUCAUGAAUAACGACGAUGACUAGGUUUCUACCUAGAAAUAUUGCCAAGUAUUGGAAUUCUUUAUCAUCUAUCAAUGUCAAAAUUCCACUGCGGACUGUCCAUUCAAUGGCUCCUAAAAACCCCAGUCUUUACGUCUUAGAAACCUCCACUCCUGUUACCAAACCCGAGUGCCUGGAAGCUUUCACUGCGCUAGAAACCCGAGAGAAGUCGUACUUGCAUUAUCUCUCGCAGGCAUCUUGGAUCGGCAGUACGAUAUGUCUGUUUCAGUCAUCUCUAGAAUCGCCGGCAAUAUUCGUAAUUUUAGACAACCAUUUUCGAGGAAACAAAUCAGCCUUCGAAAAACCAGAAAGUGUUGAUGAUGAAGAUUUUAAAGCAUUUUUAGUCUACUGUGCAGUGUUUUGCGCAAAUAUGGGAAACUAUAAAGGGUUUGGAGAUACCAAAUUUGUACCUGGUUGUACCGAACAAGUUUUUGAAACUAUUCUUAAAAGCGGACCAAAGUUUGAAAUAGUCAAGACAGUCUACGACAAAGUGAAAGCGAAAAUGUUCUCAUUGGAGGAAAAUGAGCUGAAACUUGGUUUGGGAGGAAACGAAGGUGUGACAUCCUAUUUCUCUAGUAACUGUGUGCGGUCGGAUGCCGAGAAAGCAGAUGCGUUUAUGCGUGAAAACAAGAUCUACGCUGAAAACACUCGACUGGUCAAAACGAAUGUGGACGGUAAAGAUAAGUACACAAUACUAUUAGCUUCCGAGGAAACGGCAGCAGGUCCCGAAACGAGUAAAGAAAUGAAUGGUGCAAUGUUUGAAUUGAAAAAAGGUGACUAUUCUCCGCUUUUGAAACGGGUUAACGCCUAUCUGGAGAAAGCUUUACCGUUUGUUGGCAAUGAGCACGAAAAAUUAAUGGUGCAAGACUACAUUGAAAGCUUCAGAACCGGAUCUCUGGAAAAGCAUAAAGAUGGUUCCAGGCACUGGAUUAAGAAUAAGGGUCCAAUUGUCGAGUGCUACAUAGGGUUCAUUGAAACAUACCGGGAUCCAUUUGGAUGCCGGGCUGAGUUUGAGGGUUUUGUAGCAGUCGUGAACAAACCAAUGAGUGCCAAGUUUGGAAACUUAGUCGAAAAUGCGGAAAAAGUGCUCCCAGAGUUACCGUGGCCAAAAGAAUUUGAAAAAGAUACUUUUCUCAGGCCAGAUUUCACCUCACUGGACGUGGUUUGCUACGGAGGAUCUGGAAUUCCGGCCGGAAUUAAUAUCCCCAAUUAUGAUGAUAUCAGGCAGAACGAGGGUUUCAAAAACGUUGCGUUGGGCAAUAUCAUCCAAGCAGUGGCGCCUUCUGAAAAGAUCACUUUCGUCACUGCAGAAGAUGCACUACUUCUAAAAGACUACAAAGGAAAAAGUUACGACAUACAGGUUGCAUUGCAUGAACUCUUAGGACAUGGAAGUGGAAAGCUCUUUAGUAAAACUGACGACAUUUCAAAAAUCACGAACCCACUGACUGGGAACCCUGUGACGUCGUGUUAUGAUGAAAAUGAGACCUAUGAUUCAGUGUUCAAAAGCAUGGGCUCAUCGUACGAAGAGUGCAGAGCAGAAUGUGUGGGGAUCUAUCUGUGUAAUAAUGCGAGUGUUUUGGACAUUUUCGGAUACCAGUAUGGCACUGAGGAAGCGAGUAACGUGAUCUAUGUGAACUGGCUUACUAUGGCCAGAGCUGGGCUCCUGGGUCUGCAAUUUUAUGAUCCAGUGAAGAAUGCGUGGGGCCAAGCGCAUAUGCAGGCUCGAUUUGCUAUCUUGCAAGUCAUGUUAGAGGCAAGUCACGGAUUCGUCUCGAUCAAGAAGAUCGAAAAUGCCGAUGAAAAAGGAGACGACCUCCUUCUGACGAUGGACAGAUCCAAAAUUGAAACGAUCGGACGCGAAGCGGUCGGAAAGUUUCUGAACAAACUUCAACUUUUCAAAGCCAUGGCUGAGAUUGACAAUGCGACUAAAAUGUACGAACAUUACACGACGCCGAAUGAUGAGUUCAUUGCGUAUAGGGAAAUAGUUCUAGCCAGGAAACAGCCGAGAAAGGAAAACGUGAUGCCAAAUACGGUUAUGGAAGACGGUGGAAAUGUUAAGUUAGUUGAGUAUGAACCUUCACAUAAGGGUCUGAUUGAAUCAUUCGUGGAACGAUUUGAUGAGGAUCCGACUCUGAUGAAAGAUAUAACAGAGAUGUGGGCCGAAUACGCGAAAGAUUUUGACUGCAAUUAGGCUAAUUGUUGCAUAGCAAAGAAGCUCGAUUUUAGGAAUUUUACCCUGAAUUUCAAGGAAUCUACACCUAGUGUAUGUUUUAGUUCAUUUAUGAUUAAUGAAGAUGAUGCGGAUGCGGACACGAUGUUGUAAAAUUUAAGCUAAUAAAGUUUGUAAUUUUUGACGUACUUACCAAUAACGUAAGUUUUACAUAUCUGUAAGAUCCAAUUGAACUUUGUGUAAAACGUUGUUUAUAAUU